GAUAGCUGUCGUCCAACUUUUUUUUUUUUUUAGGAAAAAUGCAUGUUGGGGGGGGGCGGAAAGCCUUCAAGGACGAGCCUAACUGAUGGAGUAGUCUAAUUUGCUGUCAGGACCGGGUCCGCUCACUUCUGCUGUGAUAGUAUUUAUGGGUGCGUCACGAGCACGUUUGGCACAAAUCUGGGUCAUUCUUCGAGCCUAAUGUUUGGGGGGUGAGGCAGGCUGGCAGUGCGCUCCUGAACCCCGCAGGCUCAACGCGCAGAGGACUUCCGAUGAAGUCUGGGUCUCAUUGCGCGCACCUGUGCUCAGGACGCAGCUGAGGAGCUGCGCGUGGAGACAGGCGGCUCCACACUGAGGGGGGAAAACAACCAAACUGCGGGAUUAUAAACUAUGAAGUUUGGAUCCUCGGAGCACCUGUGACUGCAAGCUUUACUUGUCCUCAUCGACAAACAUGACGCCCAAAUAUUUGGCUCCUGUCGUGCUUCUGUCGGUCCUUUACCCCUGCUCUGAAACAGUGGAGUACAGCGAGGAGGACUACGACGACACAACUGUCAAGCAGAUGUUGGCUCCCAGGUCCCAGGAAACGGACACGACGGAAAUUCUCAAUAAUCUGUUGAAAGAAUAUGACAAGAAGCUGAGACCAGACAUUGGGGUGAAACCAACUGUCAUUGAUGUGGACAUAUUUGUGAACAGCAUUGGACCAGUGUCAUCAAUCAACAUGGAAUACCAAAUCGACAUUAUCUUUGCCCAGACGUGGAUAGACAGUCGCCUCAGAUAUAACAGCACGAUGAAAAUCCUUACUUUGAACAGUAAUAUGGUUGGACUCAUUUGGCUGCCAGACACCAUCUUCAGGAACUCCAAGACUGCAGAUUCCCACUGGAUUACAAUGCCUAACCAACUGCUAAGGAUAUGGAAUGAUGGCAAAAUACUUUACACUUUAAGAUUGACCAUAAACGCAGAAUGCCAACUGCAACUUCACAACUUUCCAAUGGAUGAACACUCCUGUCCUCUCAUUUUCUCCAGUUAUGGAUACCCACAAGAUGAGAUGAUUUACAAAUGGAGGCGGAACUCGGUGGCAGCGGCUGACCAGAAGUUGUGGCGUCUGUACCAGUUUGAUUUUAUGGGCCUGAGAAACACAACAGACAUAAUAAAGACAACAGCAGGAGACUACGUGGUGAUGACGGUUUUCUUCAACCUGAGCAGGAGAAUGGGUUACUUCACCAUCCAGACCUAUAUCCCCUGCAUUCUGACUGUGGUUCUUUCUUGGGUGUCCUUCUGGAUAAAAAAAGAUGCCACUCCAGCCAGAACUGCACUAGGUAUCACCACGGUUCUGACUAUGACCACCCUCAGCUCUGUAGCCAGGACAUCAUUGCCCAGAGUGUCUUACGUCACCGCCAUGGACCUCUUUGUCACCGUUUGCUUCCUGUUUGUCUUUGCGGCGCUGAUGGAGUAUGCAACUUUAAAUUACUGCUCGUACAGCUCUCAAAGACACAGCUCCAUGGGAUCCAACACAACGAACUACUCCGCCCUGAAUGUGAGACCUCCCCCACACACCAUCAUCGCGUUAAACAACUCCCUGUACUGGCAGGACUUUGAGGACACUUGUGUCUACGAGUGUUUGGACGGAAAAGACUGCCAGAGCUUCUUCUGCUGCUUUGAGGAGUGCAAAGGAGGUGGGUGGAGGAAAGGACGGCUCCACAUAGAUCUACUUGAACUGGAUGCAUACUCAAGGGUCUUUUUUCCCACCUCCUUUUUGCUUUUCAACAUUGUCUACUGGGUAGGUUAUCUCUACCUUUAGUGAACAAUUUACUCCAGUUUUGUUUUUAAAAGCAGGAUGAAGCUAUUGUUUCUUAAAAACACUAAGUACUGUAACACCAAGUAAACUUUUUCCUGUCAAGCCUGAGGCAGUUACCUGGAUUUGAAGAUGUUUUUGUGAGGACACGCGGGUCAUUGUCUGACAAGAUUCUGCCUCUGUGACUUCACAAUCUCUGCUGAGUUCCUUUAUCUGCUGUACACAGCUGAACAAAGUGAGAAUGAACCGUGUUCUGACUCGAGACAAAGACGGAAAUGUUCACUGCAGACUUGUUAGUCAAAAAAACUGCUUCUGUAUAAGGAGUCUUUCUUUACAGCCAUCAGUCAAACCCAGUUCAUGAAAAUCCAAGGACAUUCAAACCAUUCAUAGUGCCUUGCUAUGGAGAGGUAGAUAUUAUCUGCAACUAUAAUCAGGGAAUUAUUAUUUAUUAAAGAUAUCUAAGCUUGGCUUUGACCGGUGAUGGCUGCAUUUGUUUAAAGUAGUGGGUUUGUAUUUGUUUAAAGAAAACAAAAAACUUAUUUUCCUUAUUAUGAUUAAUUUACUUAUUCAAUAAUACUUCAUCUCCACCUUUUCUUUAAAGUUCUGGUUGGAUUGUCAAGUAAACAUGUUCCCUCAAAGAAAGUUAACUCUAACUGACUGGUGUUGACUGGUAUAAUUUUGUAUAUUUCAUUUAAAGGUACUUGUGGAGGAACUGCAUGUUGUUUUUUAUCCAAUUAGGACUAAUUAGAGGCAGUUAAAAAAAGUCUGCCAUUGAAUGUAUUUAUUUUAUGAUCAAAACCAGUUCUGCCUGAUGAUGUUCAGGCUAUUUACAGUCCCAUAAUGUUGAAAUCUUUCAACUCAAAUGUUUCAUGCAUAUUAGUCUAGGAACCAGGCCUAGACUUGUGGCCUUUAAGAUCAAAACCAAUGAAGUGAGACUGAAGGCUUCUCGCCGCGACUUUAUCUCUUGUACCAUUGUUGACGGCAACAGAAAGUUCGCUCAUUACAGUACAGCUUCUCCUUCUGUUCUCUUCCAAUGCAAUACUGAGUUACAGUAAGACAGCAAAGAGGUGAAACCAGUACAUAAAAUCCAAAUGCAUUCUAUAAAACUGCUGAAGAAGAUGACGGCCAUGGAGAAAAACAAAAAAAGGAGUAACUCUGACUAAUCUCAGAAUUGUAGCUUUGAUCUCAGAAUCAAGAAUUUGAGAUGAAAAAUAUGACUUUAAAUAUGACAUCUGGACCAAUUUUUAAAAUUCAGACUCACAUCUCAGACUUUUGACUUUUUUUUUCUCGUAAUUAUAGGUUUAAUCUUAGAAUUAUGAUUUUAAUCUUCGAAUUCUGACCAUUUGUAGCAUUGAGACUUUAGGCCUUUAACGACGACAUCUAAACGACACACGCUCUUCGACAUGCCAUAUCUCUUUGACUGUCCUCAAAGUUACCGUGAAUCGAUGCGGUAAAAGCAGCCUGUCAUAUAUCGACUUUGCAGCAAAAUGCAACACUUUACGUUCGUAUUGUAAUUACUAAUGCAAAGUGUUGCAUAUCCGUGCAAGGCUGCUUUUUUCCGUUUCCGAAUCCACUGGAAUUGUAGUUAUGGUCUAAAUGGUUGAAGAGUUACAGUAGCUCCGGUUAAAGGUUUAAUCUCAGAAUUCUGAUUCUUAUCUAAUUUUGACUUUUAUCACUGAAUCUUGUCUUUUCUCAGAUUUCUGUUUUUUUUUUUCAUUCCAAGGCAGAAGCCCGGUUAAAGUUGGAAUUCUGAGGAAAAUGUCUCAUCACUCUUUCUGUUUUUUUAUGCCCCUAACUUUCCUUCAUACAAAACUCAGGUUACAAACAUAACAUGAACUGGCAAAUGGCAUCAUAGUUCUUUAAUGUAUUAUAUGUAAAGGUGAUCUUUGCCUCAAUCCGUUUUAGACUUGUACUUGACUGCUUGACUUGUACUUGACCACUGACACAGAAAAACAAGGUAUUCUGGUAGUUCUAAAAAGAACUUUUUAUUCAACAGUCAAGUUUUUCUCUGCAAAGUACUUAAAACAUUUUACUUUGACUAUACAAUCAUGUUUGUCUUAAAAAACUAGUACAGAUGAAAUUUGGUAUGUAAGCCGCUGAUGGCACCAAACACGUCUUUCUUUUGUGGCUAUGUAGUGACGCACUGAUGAGAUAGUUAUUCUGACUUGUUUACAUGUGAUGCUGCUGCAGACUAUUUCUAUUUCCAUGUUUCCAAGCAUACAUAUACACUUUAAAAAAUAUAUUAAAAAGUAAAAGAAAAUGUGUCCAUCGACCAAACAAAGAAGUUUAUCUUGUAUUUUAAAUAGAAUCGUGGCAUGUAGAUUGAAGUACUUCAAGCCUAUAUUGUAAUUAUGAUGAUUAAAGACUGUAUGAAACCUAAACUUUAGUGUUUUCAGAAAACUAGAAUUUCCCACUAGACUAAAAAAGAAUGUCUUAGCCAAAAUAACAGGUUACCAAACACUAUGCCCAUUUUUCUGCACUCAUCGCUUGAUUGGGCCUCUUUUUGCUUGAAUAAUUGCAUCAAUACUCUGUAGCAUGGAGGAGGUUAUCAGCCUGAGGCUCUGCAAAGGCAUAAUGGAAGUCCAGGUUGCUUUGAUAGCUGCCUUCAGAUCAUCUGCAUGGUUGGGUCUUAUGUCUCUUGUAUUUUUUUUAUCAAAAGUACAUAGAUUUUCUAUCAGAUUCUGGUCAGGAGAGUUUCCUGGACAUUCAAGCUCAGUAAAAUCCUGGUCAGUGAAGCAGCUUUUGGUACCCUUGGUAGUCUGAGCAGUUUCCUAUGAAGUAAUAUUUGUGCAACUAAAAGUUUUCAAAUAAAAACUUCCUUAGCUGCAAACAAAAUGUACAGUUUUAAACAGUAACUUUCUCAUUCACACGAAA